UCGCAUCAACAUCACACCGCGCAUCACACACCUCUCCAUCCACCCCUCUUAACGACACCUUCACGCAAUCUUUAAUCUCCACAUAACACCGCCGCAAUGGUCAAGCUCGAAGAAGUCAUGGAUGAGGAGUUCGUCCGCGAACAGGAGGGCCCCCAUGACGAUGACGAAUGGGACACAGACUCCGAGUCCGACCUCGACUCCGAAUCCUCCUUUGGCCCCCCCUCCGAAACACUCUACGAGCGCAUCGUCGCCUUGAAGGACAUAGUCCCUGCCUCCACACGUCGCUCUCUAUCGAGCAAGUACGAAACAGUGAGCAGCUGGACAAAGAGCGGGCUGUUGUUCGGCGGCAAGACGCUGUGGGUGGUCUCGACGAGCGCACUGCUGUUGGGUGUGCCGUGGGCGCUGGCGUACAGCGAGGAGCAGAUGAUUGUCGAGCAGGAGAGGGCGGAGCUGAUGAAUCAGCGGGCGCAGAAUGAGUUUAUGGCUCCUGGUGCCAACGACGCGAAGCCUGCUUUGUAAGAAGCGACUCGAUGACUGCAUUGGUUGAUGGUUUGCGAUGAGCAUACACUCUCGCAAAUACGCGCUCGUUGAUCAGAGGACCAUCGGCGCAAGAUUCUUCACACCUGUUGAUUGAUUGGUUUAACGUCCUAUCAUUCACACCUGUUUUAGUAUGGAUGGAGAUGGAGGUAGAAGGAGGCGGAUACGAUAUGCUGUGCACAUAAGAUGAGCGCACUGGGAUGGAAGGCGCACCUUUGCAUUGUCACGAUCUGUACAAUAUUUCUCGACUCAUAAUGUAUUGCGUCAUAGGACACAGACAUGCUGCGGUUCCAUCCUGCAUGUCAAACUGCGUGCGCGUACAAAUGCGACGGUUCACGUGAAGAGGACUUUGCGUUGCGUUGGAUUUCAG